AUGUUCGAUGAGGAGAAGACCCAGGAGGUUGUUCAUGGCCUCAAAACCACCCCUGAUGGGCUCGUGCUCGACCCGCAGCCAUCAGACGACCCUAAUGACCCCUUGAACUGGAAGCCCUCGAGAAAGGCGCGUGUACUUUCGAUAUGGGCUAUUGCUUGUUUUUCUAGUCAAGCCACUGCUAUGACGAACAUGCAAGGAUCAUAUCUCCAAGCACCUCUGUAUCACAAGACGGCUACUCAGAUUUCUCUCGCCGUAAGUAGCACACAUUGA